GAAAAAAUCCUCUGUUUGUUCGUACAGAAAAUAUAUGUACGGACCAUUGCAACGCCCUUAAGUUCGAAAAUUAUUCCCAUGAAAAAAAUAUAAAAGAGAAAAGAAAAGAAAAGGUAGCAUUUCUUUAUCCAAUCAUAAUUCGACAACGCAUUUGACGAAACCACCCUGGUUUUGGAAUACCACAUUUUUUUUACAUCAAUCCACUCUCCUCUUCCAAAGUUGUUUUGAAAGCUUCCAUUUGUGUGCUUCUCUCAGAAACAUUUUGCCGAUAUUUGCUCUCCCUCUAUAACUUAUUAUAUAUAAAGACUGUUAUACAAACAAAGAGAGAAAGAAACCAAACAUCUGCAGAAACAAUACCCACAUAAGCGCAAUCCAGUUCUCUUUGAUUCUUCUUUUGUUUCUUUGGUUUGAAUUUUGUUUUUUUUUUAAGAGAAGAAGCAGAAGCAGAAGAAGAAGAAGAAGAAGAAGAAGAAGAAGAAGAAGAGGAAUAGCAGCAGCAACAAGAAGAAGAAUAUGGGGAGAGGUAGGGUUCAGCUGAAGAGAAUUGAAAACAAGAUUAAUAGGCAAGUGACCUUUUCAAAAAGAAGGGCUGGAUUGUUGAAGAAAGCCCAUGAGAUCUCUGUUCUUUGCGAUGCUGAAGUUGCUUUGAUUGUUUUUUCUACUAAAGGGAAACUCUUUGAAUACUCUACUGAUUCCUGCAUGGAAAGGAUCCUUGAACGUUACGAGAGAUAUUCAUAUGCAGAGAGGCAGCUUCUUGCAACUGAUACUGAAACAAAUGGUAGCUGGACUCUAGAACAUGCAAAGCUGAAGGCUAGGGUGGAGGUUUUACAAAGAAACCAAAGGCAUUUCAUGGGGGAAGAACUUGAUACCUUAACCCUCAAAGACCUUCAGAAUUUGGAGCAACAAAUUGAUUCUGCUCUUAAACACGUUAGGUCAAGAAAGAAUCAACUGAUGUAUGAAUCAAUUUCAGCACUCCAAAAGAAGGAUAAGGCAUUGCAGGAGCAAAACAACCAGCUCGCAAAGAAGGUAAAGGAGAAAGAGAAGGCAAAGGCUCAGCAGACACAGUGGGAGCAACAAAAUCAAGGUGUAGACUCAUCACCUGUUCUUCUACCACAGCCAAUUCAGUCCAUGAACAUAAGAAGCACCCACCCUGCAAGAGGCAGUACAGGAGAGGACGAGACAACUCCAAUCCACAAUCGUGCCAACGCUCUCCUGCCUGCAUGGAUGCUUACUCACUUUAAUGAGUAAAACGAAUUGCAGAAAGAUCAGUUAUUUGCGGAAAGUUUUGAUGCUCCCUGCAUGCACCAAGAUGAAUGCAUCAGGGAGGGGGGGUUUAUGCAUUGGGACUUCUAAUUCUAUAAGCUAGUGAAGUAAAAAAAAAAAAUUGUUAUAGUCUCUCUUAAAUCCUGAUUGGUUAGCACUUCCAUAACCAUAAGUACCUCUUCUUAAGCUCUGAUAGCAUCAAACUUAUCACUCUUGUAUAUGUAAUGCUCCUAUGAUUGUAAUGAUAUAUAUAUAUACGUAUGUAAUAUUAUUGUA